AUGGUCCGCUCCAAGCGUCAAACUGUUCAGCCCACGGAGAUGGCCUCGGUACAGGUAGCUCCUGCGACAUUUUCCGACGGGCUUCCACUGCCCAAGCUGAUCGUCUUUGACUUGGAUUACACUCUCUGGCCCUUUUGGGUGGAUACUCACGUCAGUGCGCCCGUCAAGGCGCGCGACAACAACUCCCGUGUGGUUGACCGAUGGGGUGAGUCAUUUGCCUUCUAUCCUGCCGUUUCAUCCAUCAUCCACGCCUGCAAGAAUCGCUCCAUCCCUUUGGCCUUGGCCUCACGAACCCAUACCCCUGAUCUGGCCCGCGACAUGCUCAAAGCACUCCACAUCAUUCCCACCUUUUCCGACGAUCCAGCGGCCAACAGCGCCAAAUCUGUUCGUGCGCUCGAGUAUUUUGACUACAUUCAAAUCUUCCCGGCCAACAAGACGCAACACUUUGCCAAAAUCCACCAUGCAAGCGGGAUUGCGUACGAGGAUAUGCUCUUCUUCGACGACGAGGCGCGGAAUCGCAAUGUCGAGACGGAAUUGGGGGCGACCUUCUUUUUGGUGCGCGAUGGGAUGACGCGGGAUGAGAUUGACAAGGGAGUCUUGGCCUGGAGAAAGCGCAAUGGUAAAAAGCAAAAGACCGGGGAUGAUGCCUGA